AUGCAUUUGAUGUACUACAUUGACGACCAAGGCAAUCGUGCAUACACACUGAAGAAAGUUAGUCCUAAUGGAGGAGUUACCAAAUCAGCGCAUCCGGCCAGAUUCUCGCCGGACGACAAGUUCUCCC